UUAAAUUUAAAAAAGUCCGAAUCUGCAAAAAAAAAAAAAAAUGCGCUGUGGCACAGCCCUAAAAAAAAUCUCUCUCUUUUUAUUUGAUUAAAAACAAAAACAAAAUAUGGCAAAGAUUGUGGAUAAGGCAAUAUGGAGCAUUGGCCCUAUAUUUAUUGGGAUUGCCGUCUUACUGUUGAAUAUGUGUGUGCUGGCAUAUUAUCUAGUGGUAUUUCCCUACCUCCAUAGUUGGACAGACAGCUCGUUUUUCAGUAAAGUCUUUUCCAUAUUGACCUUGGCCUUCACACUCUACAUCGUCUAUUGUAUUCAUUUUCAUUAUUACAUGGCCAUCGUCACAUCGCCCGGAGAUAUGGAAGAAUACAGAAAAGCAGACGACCCAUCCUCCUCUACCAAUGAAACUUCCAUGCGAACCAUGUUACUUGAAAUGGAAGAACAUUCACAGUUUCCUAACUCUUGCAAAAAGUGCCUUUUACCGAAACCCGAAAGAGCCCAUCACUGCAGUGUCUGCAACACUUGUGUAUUGAGAUUUGACCAUCACUGCCCUUGGAUUCAUAACUGUGUAGGUCAUUUCAACCAUCGCUAUUUUGUCUUGUUUAUGACAUAUUUGAUUCUUGCCGCCGCUUAUUUUGUGGUAUCUGCAUGGAGACCAUUUAUGCUCUGCCUCGAUUUCACACAAUUGGAUUGGCCAUACUAUUUCCCUCGGCCAUUGUUAGCGUUUUCUUUUAUUUUAGCUAUUUGCAUGGGCUUAGCGAUAGGAGGGUUAUGCGUUUGGCAUUAUUACUUGAUCUUUACAGCGCAAACAACGGUUGAAUUCUACAACAAUUAUUACGACAAGGGCGUUUGUAAAAGCCAAGGAGAGAUCUUUGUGAAUAUGUAUGAUUUCGGUGCAUGUCAAAACUUUAAACGUUUCUUUAACGUUGGAGAUACAUACCCUUGGUAUACACUGUUUCUCCCCGUUCCUAUUCCCCCCAAAGGCACAGGGCGUGUAUUUGAAAAAUGUCAAGAAUUUUACAUGUUGCCAGAACAGAGACAACGAGAUCAUGUCAAGGCACAGCGAGAAGUACAAGAUAUAGAAGAUUUGGAAGACAUUAAAGAUCUGUAAUUUUUUUUUUUCUUUUUGGCUAUUGAGCAUCUACAUACAUAUUUUUUUUUUUUUUUUGCUUUUCCAAAUGUAAACUCAAAUCCGAUAACGGAAUAAUGUUAUUGCA